GACAGGAGGCGAUUUGCAUACGGACUUGUCUCUGGUAGCAGCCACUGCCCGUCAAGUCUGACGGACAAACGCCCCCCUCUUUCCGCCCCCCCCCCCGGUCCCGGAAAGCCCCUCCCUCACCCCCUCCCCCGCUGCACCUCCCGCCGCCUGUCAGUCGGAGCGGAUCGCGGCGCGGGGAGCGGAGGCGGUACGGCAACGGCACAGAGCGGGCGAGAGAGGGAGAGAGAGAGCGAGGAGCCAAGCUCUCCCCUCCCUCCCUCUCUCUCUCCCUCCCUUCCUUCCUCCUCUCUCUCUCUCCCUCCCUCCCUCGCUCCUUUCCUUGCUCCCUCCCUCCGUUCUUUCUGCUUCUCUCUCCCCUCAUUCUCCUUCUCCGUCUCACCCACCCCGAUCUCCGGUUCUCUUUCCCUGUUCUCCGUCACACACGCACACGCUCUUUCCGUCUCCCUGUUUUUCUGUCAUUUGACUUUGCAUCUCAAGGCGGCCGCUGGCUCCUCUAUGAAUCCCUAUUGAUCUGUUACCCUCCCUCCACCCUUGUCCCCUCCCAGCUCCACUCCUGUACCUGGAGCGAGGCAGGAGUGGCAGCCGAGCAGCAUGUCCCGAAGGAAACAGAGCAAACCCAGGCAGAUCAAACGGCCCCUUGAGGAUGCCAUUGAGGAUGAAGAAGAAGAGUGCCUGUCUGAGGAAAAUGAUACUAUCUCAAAAGAAGACUUUCCGUUGGAGGAAAGCUUUUCUACAGAGUUUGAGCCUGAAAAUCUGAGCUGUGAAGAAGUGGAAUACUUUUGUAAUAAAGGCAGUGAAGAAGCCAUCCAGGAGGCAGCAGAAACUGAUGGCGAUGCAAGGUCAGAGAAACCAGGACAGCUUUCCGUGGAGACGGAAGAUUGGGAUGGGCCAGGAGAGUUGGAGGUGGUCCAGAAGGAUGGAGAGCGCAAGGUUCAGAGCCGGCAGCAGCUUGCAGUGGGAACGACGUGGGGGCCCUUUGCUGGGAAGAUGGAUCUGAAUAACAACACCUUGAAGACAAAGGCUUCAGUCCCUAUGGUACUGACUGGUGGCCCCAAGUGGUUGCUGGAUGUGACUUGGCAAGGAGUAGAAGACAACAAAAACAACUGCAUUGUGUACAGCAAAGGAGGGCAGCUUUGGUGCACCACAACCAAGGCCAUCGCAGAGGGCGAGGAGCUGAUUGCCUUUGUUGUAGAUUUUGACUCCAGGCUGCAAGCUGCUACUCAGAUGACUCUCACGGAAGGGAUGUAUCCUGCACGGCUGCUGGACUCCAUACAGUUGCUCCCCCAACAAGCUGCAAUGGCAUCUAUUUUGCCAACAGCCAUUGUGAACAAGGACAUAUUCCCUUGCAAGUCCUGUGGCAUUUGGUAUCGGAGCGAGCGCAACCUGCAAGCCCAUCUCAUGUAUUACUGCAGUGGGAGGCAAAGAGAGGGGCCCCAGCUGUCAGAGGAGAAUGAAGAUAGUGCUCAGCAUAUAUCCAGUGUCUGCCCCUUUCCACAGUGCACCAAAAGCUUUUCUAAUGCAAGAGCUCUGGAGAUGCACCUAAAUUCUCACAGUGGAGUGAAAAUGGAGGAAUUUCUGCCGCCGGGUGCUAGUCUGAAGUGCACAGUUUGUACUUACACGGCAGACUCGGUGAUUAACUUUCAUCAGCACCUGUUCUCGCAUCUUACUCAAGCUGCCUUUAGAUGCAAUCACUGCCAUUUUGGCUUCCAAACUCAGAGGGAGUUGCUGCAGCACCAAGAGUUACAUGUCUCUGGCAACAAAAUUCAGAGAGAAAGUGACAUUGAGCAGUCUCCAAGUGGAAAUGAAGAAGGUUUACAGCCGGCAACAGAUCUGUUGAGCAGAAAUGAUGUUCCCCAGAGCCAAAAGACCAUGCAGACUAAAGAUGCAAGUUCUGAUACAGAGCUUGAUAAAUGUGAAAAAAAGGCUCCACUUUUCCUUCCAAACCAGAGGCCAGAAGCCCAACCUGUGACAAAUAAGCAGAGUUUUUCUUACACUAAAAUAAAAUCCGAACCAUCCAGUCCAAGACUUGCUUCGUCACCAGUUCAGCCUAACAUUGGUCCUUCGUUCCCAAUGGGACCUUUUCUUUCCCAGUUUGCUUUUCCCCAAGACAUCACUGUGGUUCCUCAGGCAUCGGAGAUACUCGCCAAAAUGUCUGAACUGGUCCAUCGAAGACUGAGGCAUGGAAGUAGCAAUUACCCUCCUGUAAUUUACAGUCCUCUGAUGCCCAAAGGGGCUACGUGUUUUGAGUGUAAUAUAACAUUCAAUAAUUUGGACAACUACUUGGUACACAAAAAGCACUACUGCAGCAGCCGAUGGCAGCAGAUGGCAAAGUCCCCGGAUUUUUCCAGCGUUCCAGAGAAAAUGCCAGAAGCUGUAAGUCCCAGCAACGGUCAAAGCUCUAUCAGCAUCUUGAAUGCGGCUCCCCACACAGCGGAGCCAGAGAAUCAACUUCUGCAGACGUCUUGCAUAAACUCUUCCAAUGUUUUAGAUUUGAUCGGGCCAAACAGUAAAAGUCACGAGAAAGACUUCACAGCACAGCCUAAGAAGUUGCCAACGGCAAGCAACGGCGAUGAGAAGAUAAACGGCAAACCCGACGCCAAGAAUCCCGGCGCGUCUUUAGUGGAAGGGGAGAGCGAUCCCAACAAGACCACGUGUGAAGCUUGUAACAUUACUUUCAGCAGGCAUGAGACCUACAUGGUCCACAAGCAGUAUUACUGUGCCACCCGCCACGACCCCCCGCUGAAGAGGUCUGCUUCCAACAAAGUGCCUGCCAUGCAGAGAACCAUGCGCACCCGCAAGCGGAGGAAGAUGUAUGAGAUGUGCCUGCCAGAGCAGGAGCAAAGGCCCCCACUAGCUCAGCAGAGGUUUCUAGACGUGGCUAAUCUCGGCAAUCCUUGCACAUCCACUCAAGAGUCAGCAGAAGGCCUCGGAGAAUGUUACCACCCUCGCUGCGACAUCUUCCCAGGAAUAGUCUCGAAGCACCUGGAGACGUCGCUGUCCAUUAACAAGUGCGUUCCAGUGUCAAAGUGUGAUACUCCCCACUCCACCGUGUCCUGUCUGGAGAUGGAUGUGCCGAUAGAUCUCAGUAAGAAGUGCUUACCCCCGUCCGAGAGGACGUCCACUUCUCCCAAAAGGCUGCUGGACUACCACGAGUGCACGGUGUGCAAGAUCAGCUUCAACAAGGUAGAGAACUACCUGGCUCACAAGCAGAAUUUCUGCCCUGUCACUGCCCAUCAGCGCAACGACCUGGGGCAGCUGGACAGUAAGGGGUUUCCAAACCCAGAGAGCGAACGGAGCAGCCCAGACGUCAGUUACGAGAGGAGCAUCAUCAAGUGUGAGAAAAACGGCAACUCCAAACAGUCCUCCCCGAACGGGAACUUAUUUUCCACACACUUAGCAACACUUCAAGGACUGAAAGUCUUCAGCGAAGCGGCCCAGCUGAUUGCUACAAAAGAAGAGAGCAAACAUUUGUUUCUUCCGCAAUGCCUUUACCCCGGAGCAAUAAAGAAAGCUAAAGGAGCAGAUCAGCUUUCCCCCUACUAUGGAAUUAAGCCAAGCGAUUACAUUUCUGGUUCUCUCGUCAUUCAUAACACUGAUUUAGAUCAAAGCACAAACACGGGAAGUGAAUCCCCUAAGGGCCCGGUGCCUUCCAAUGGGUGUGCUGGGCAGAAGAAAGAGUCUCUUCCGCUGCUGCCCAAAAACCGAGGCAUGGUAAUAGUUAAUGGGGGACUAAAACAGGAGGAAAGGCCUGCGGCAAACCCACAGCAAGAGAACAUUUCCCAGAACCCUCCGCAUGAAGAUGGGCACAAGUCUCCCUCCUGGAUCUCUGAGAAUCCCUUAACCGCAAACGAAAACGUGUCUCCAGCAGUCCCCACGGCAGAGGAACAGUUGUCUAGUAUAGCUAAAGGCGUGAAUGGCUCUAGCCAGGCCCCAGGCAGUGGGAAGUAUUGCCGACUGUGUGACAUCCAGUUCAACAACCUUUCAAACUUUAUAACUCAUAAGAAGUUUUAUUGCUCGUCACAUGCAGCAGAACAUGUCAAAUGAAAGGAUGGGUCACCUCUGCUACCUGUCCUUAGCCUGUCGUUCCCUACAAUCUAAGGAGAGCUGUUUGAAUUACAUCUGGACAAUCAGGAGAUCUCACUGCGCCCAGCUGAAGGCUUUCAAGGUGUAAUUUCAUUACAGUCCAUUAGUAAAGUGUAUAAUUAUUGGUGCCAUUUUCAACGACGACGACAACGACGAGGAGAAGCAAACCACACACACAGAAGAAUAUUAAUUUAUUUUACCAGCAGUAUUCAUAGCUGUAGUUAUGUUAUUUUUUAUUUAAAAACUUUAUAUUAAAGUCAUUUGUAAUGUUAUUGUAUAGUUAUUGUGUAGCACAUAUGGUUUGCACUGUAUAGUAGAUUUUAAAGAAAAUAGUGGCAAACAAUACAGAAAAGCAUUUUAGAACUAGCUUCAAAAGCACUUGUGUAUCCUGAUUUCAUCUUCUCUUUUCGUUUCCCUUAUAUGCUCUUGCAGAUAAUGUGUAUAGGCUAAAAUAUAACUUGCAAAGGAGUUUCAACUAUGCUGUAAAGUUCGCCUUAAAAUUCCCAAUUUUUUGAACAACUGGGCUGGGUUUGCAGUUUAUAUUUUAGCAGAUACAAGUCCCUUAGUCAUUAGGCUUUGCAUUUGUAUGUAGCAGUAUGUUUCUGUCCACUUUCUUAACCUGAAACGUACGUUAAAUGAAGAUGGCAGUUCUUUUUCCCUUGUAUAGUACUUGUAUUUUCUUUCGCUGAUGCAUCUCUGUCUCAAUUUUUAAACCUUUGCUGUUAAAUGCAAUACUUUAUAAAAAGAAUGAACAAAAUUACUGGAAGCAGUAUUGUAAGUAAUGAGGUCAUAUCAAUGCGUUUUCUCUUUUGAAAGGCACAGUCUAAACCAGAAAACACAAACCCUAAUCUCAAUGCUGCAAUUAUGAAUCUAAUUCAUAGAUAAGAUAUAUUUAAAUAUAAGAGUAGCAAUACUGCAACUGGUGAUCACAAAGAUAAUGUUCUACUUCUGAUAGAAAUAAUUUCUCAACAAAUGUUGUUACUAUGCAUGUAUAUGGAUGGAAUAAAAUUCCAGAUAAUUGGAGAAGUUUGGCAGUUAUUUCUUUAAAUUGCUUUGCUUUUGUUUUUCAAGGAAGUUUUGGAGCUCCCGAGCUGUAAAGGAGCUCUUGGGAGCACGUUCACAUUGCCCCCUCUUUAGUGGAAGCGAAGAGUUGAAAAAGGAGGAUGUGCAAAGGAGGUACAAAGGAUGCCUCUACUUCGAGGGAGCCCUUGCUGACAGGUUGCUGGUACAGUUAAGUCUUGAGAUGACCUAGUGAACUGAACCUUAAAAUGUGCAUGUCUGAAACCAGGUAGGCUGUUCUCUUCACUGCAGCUAAGGAAGACGCAGCCCUGGCAGUACCUCCCCACGGCAAAAUCAGCAGAGCAAUCUGCUUCAUUCCUUAUGUGCUCAGUGCUCCCACGGAAACCAGGAGAGCAUUCGUUUAAACAGAACAGCAGCUUGCCCCUCUAGUUCAAUAUACAGAGACCAGUCAGUAAUUUAUGCUACAUGAAAAACUCAACUACUCAGUAGUUAAUACUCCUCCCUUGCAAUUGUCCAGGCUCCUGAACUCUGUUUUCAUUAAAAGUGAGGAUUAUAAAAGUGACCUAUUGAUGCAUUUUUCAUCCCACAAACGGGAAAGGUAAGCUAUGACCUCAACAGUCAUGUAGACAGUUGCAAGUCAUUUAGUUCCUCUAUCAGCCAAAGAAACGACCCAGAACUACAGAAGCAUGGAAACAUCCAGGUUGGCAAAGCCCCUCAGGAUCACUGACUCCAACCUAGAACCCUACCCUACAAGAUUCACCUUAAACCAUAGCCCCAAGCCCCACAUCCAAACGAUGCAUCUCGGGUGGGUGACUCCAGCACCUCCCUGGGUAGCUCAUUCCAGUUGCUAACAACAGAGGUAGAGGGAUGGUAUUUCAGCUCAGCAGCCUGCUGGAGUCUAGCAUAACAAAUGCAAUACCACUGACUUCCAGCAACCCUAUCUCUGUGUACUUUGGAAUGGGAUUUGUCCUUAUUUUUCAGUUAUUUUUAACUGUAGGUACAUGUGAUCCAGUAGCAAAAAUAGUGAGUGUUUAGGAAGAUCCUGUUAACAACUCUGAGGAGUUAGCUGGGCUUUAGAGAACAGGAGUGGUUGGAUCUGAACAUUCUCACUCCCAGCAAAGGUAACAGCAGGGCCAAAAUCAGCCCUAUAGCAGACACCUUAGGUCAUUAAAUUUGUGAAGGAGGAAAAGCAUUACACAGGGAGGAUAAAGCAGACAGAUCAGUCAUGAUUAUCAAUUAAACAUUUACUAGGGAAUAUCACACCACUAAGUCAAAGACUCCUCAAUAUUUGAGACAGACCUUUUUUUGGUGGCUAACAUUACUUUGAAGAUUACCCAUCACACAAAAUUGGUUUGAAGAACUGAGUGAUUGCAUCUAGAGUGAAAUAAGCUAAUUCAGAAGGAUAUAGAUGCACAGGUAAAGUUGGCCAGAAAGCCACAGGUAAUGUAGUUUACAAUCGCUGAGCUCUGGGGCUGUAUUUUGGCUGUGAGGAGGCAGAGGAAGUAUCAGAGUUGAAGGGAACACUUAGCAGAAGAGUGGUGCUGAAAAAGAAAGUUCUUGUCACGAACCAUUCUGGCUCUGGAAACACUGAGGGUACCAGAUCUAUGCCAGAGGUCAAGCAAAGCCUUCUGUCCUGCACUAUAUUCUUCCCACUGGCUAGUCCACUUGGUUUCACUCAGCAGGAUCUACCUGGUAACAUUUUCUCUUUAUACAUCAGGUUGAGCAGUCCCUUUUUCAGCAGUUCCAAACAAGCACAACCUGUUCAUCUGUGGGUACAGCAUUACCCAGUUUGAUGCCUGUUCCUCUGACUCCACUGGAGCGCCUAGCAACUGACGUGCUAAACCCCAAAGCUGGACCUUUGCACUGGAAGUUAAACUUUGCGCUAGCUAGGUGGGUAGCAAGUACAGGUUACUGAUGUUUGGCUUCUCUUACAUCUGUGAAGAACAGCAUUUAUGUGAGCUAAGGGCUCACACACAUGAGGUGGGGAGCUCACAUACAUGAGCUAGGAGCUCACAUACGGGAGCUGGGGUCAGGCACUGUUUCUUUCUUGGAACUUCGCGUGCUGUUCUCCAUGUCUUAACAUUCUCAUUUAAGAAACACUCUGGCUAGCCAGAUAUCUCUCUCAUGUCUCUUAAACCAGUUUGCAAAAUGCUGGCCUAAUCCCAGCUGGGGGCUGCAAGCACAUCUGUGUUUGAGUAUGAAUAUUGUUUACAGGAAUAAACUACUUAAACCUG